GGCUCGGGACCACGUGGCAAGUCAUUGGUCCGCUUCCCACACGCAGUUUUGGUCAGCUGUGAGAUAUGGCGCCAUUGCCACCUGCGAGAAGCCGGUGAUUGACGAGGAGCCUUUCAAGUGGGCCGCAGACGGAGAGGACUGGAGCCUUUUUGAGGCUGCGCAGCAGCCCUGGAACGCUGAGGUCUGGCGCCAGCGCAGUGAGAACGCGGAGCGCAAGAGGCUGUGCAGCGCGAGCAAGGCGACGGCCAAGUUUUCCAAGCUGGACCUGACGGCCUUGAUCGUUGCGAAAGACUUGCAAACUCCCGCGGCAGUGAUGGCUUACACCCAAGACCAUGGCACGCGCAAGAUGCAGGAGUGGGUGUGUCAGAACCAGCGGAAGUUGGGCGAGUACGUGGAGGAGGCCUCGGACUGGCAGCAAGCUCGUGACAGGUCCAACGCAGAGAAGGAGACAGAGUGGGCCUUGCUUUGCCGCAUGGCUGGCCAGGCGAAGAGCCUGGGUGUCGACAUCGUGAAAGAUGACGACGAGAUCGUGUUCCAGACCGACAAGAGGUUCCUUUUCUUUGACGACUUCCGGCCCAUCGAAUACGCGCAGGGCACCAUCGAUGCGUUCCGGAACGGCAAUGAGGAUUUUGCUUGGAGGAAGGGGUGUUGCCUUACUGCAAAGGAGAAGGAAUUGUGGGCGCCCUGGGGCAAGGUCAGCGAGGAGGAUGUUCAGCGCAUGAAGAACAGGCAGACGCUGAACUGGUGCUGCAGCCAAGUGUGGCCUCUGGGCGUCGCCAGCCUGCUCGCCAAGCUGCCCAACGAGAAGGUGGAGGCCUUGAGCGCGGAGCUGACAGCGCUGGGCGCCGUCCUCGUAAGGGAAGUGUCGGCAGCAGAUUGGACCACGUUGACGGCUUUUAAUUCGCUCCUGCCGUUUGAGCGGAGGCCCAAUGCCUAUAAGCGGCAGUUUCAGGUCUUGGCAGACGAGCUGGCAGCGCUGAAGCGGCGCCGGGCCCAGAUGCGAGCUGAGAACAAGGCCCGCGCCAAGCAAGAGAAGAACACAAAAAAGCGACGCGCCCGCUUACUGCAGGCGGACGUGGCGUUGAAGAGGAUGCGGGCGCUGCGGCUCCGGCCCCGCGAGGGGAUCCAGCAGGAGUUGCGGGCGCCGCGGUUGGAGCAGGAGUUCGGGAGGGGUAGUAGCAGUUUCAAGGUGCUGUGGCGGCAGACCAAAGAGUGGCGGACCACACGAAGCGCGAGCCUUGGCGGCGGUCCAAGCUGCAGGAGCUCGGAGACCAAGGCGACGCUGCUCUCCAAGCACAUCAUGAUCUACGUGCUGGGAGGCCACUCAGCAAGCCUUGCCGUGGAUUUUCUUCUCGGCCGUGGCUGGCGACACCGCUGGAGCGGGAAGGGCUCACACGCAGUGCCGAGCCAGCCAGUGGUGGAGCGGUUGAAGGCAGAAGUGAAACAGGCGUUCCAAAAUGCGCCCAGCUCGGGCCUUGAUGCCUUGGUCCGGGACCCCACGGCGCACUUUGAGUUUGCGGAUCUUGCGGCUGCGUUUUUCCAAUGGGUGAAUGCCGCGGUUGCGGAGGCGCCGCCAGACCGACCGCCUCUUUUGAUCAAUAUGGACGAGACUGCCAUUGCGUGGCUGGAUGCAAAGUCGCGUGCGAGUCACGGGGCAAUUUCGACAGAGACUUGGCUGGAAGCAGUGUGCUGCGCAAUUGAGCAGGUCUUGCCGGGGACAAGCUGGGAGAAAGCUUUUCUUGCCAACGGUCUUCUGGGCCAACAACAAGGCGUGUCUCGCGAGCUUGCAGAAGCGUUGGAUUUCGAUGGGCGUGUAGAGUUGCCGCAUGUGCUCCCCGCACCAGAGGCAGCCUCAUGUAUCUUUCCUGCCCGCAUGAAGUUGGACUUGCUGGGCUACUUGUGUUGGCAGACGAAGUCUGAGCGGAGCCAGUGGCCCAACAUGAACGGAGAAGCUUGGGACACGUUGGCGCCCAAAGUGCGCGCGGCUGCCGCGGAGAUUUUGCAGAAUGUGAACAAAGCCGAGGUCUCUGUGCGGGACAUGCGCGUCAGACUGGCGCAGCGCCUUGGUCUUCAAGAUGAUGCCUUGGAGCCACACAAGGAGAGCGUGCGGGGCAUCUUGCAGGAGAGCCUGUCGGGCAAGGGCUUGGUGGAAACUCUUCCAGCUGCGCUUGGAGCUAGCGACGUAGCCCAAAAAGUCUACUUGUGCACUUUGGCGCGUGUUCUACCUGAAACCUUGGAAAUCAGUGACUUGCGAGAUGUCAGGCUGGGCUUGGGCAAGAUGCAGGAGGAGCACAAAGGAGGCGACACGCACUUCCAUGUUGCCGUGCUCUUGUCUUGCAAAAGGCGAUGGACGGUUGCCAAGCGAACUCUUAGGGCUCGGGACCACGUGGCAAGUCAUUGGUCCGCUUCCCACACGCAGUUUUGGUCAGCUGUGAGAUAUGGCGCCAUUGCCACCUGCGAGAAGCCGGUGAUUGACGAGGAGCCUUUCGCAGACGGAGAGGACUGGAGCCUUUUUGAGGCUGCGCAGCAGCCCUGGAACGCUGAGGUCUGGCGCCAGCGCAGUGAGAACGCGGAGCGCAAGAGGCUGUGCAGCGCGAGCAAGGCGACAGCCAAGUUUUCCAAGCUGGACCUGACGGCCUUGAUCGUUGCGAAAGACUUGCAAACUCCCGCGGCAGUGAUGGCUUACACCCAAGACCAUGGCACGCGCAAGAUGCAGGAGUGGGUGUGUCAGAACCAGCGGAAGUUGGGCGAGUACGUGGAGGAGGCCUCGGACUGGCAGCAAGCUCGUGACAGGUCCAACGCAGAGAAGGAGACAGAGUGGGCCUUGCUUUGCCGCAUGGCUGGCCAGGCUUGCAAGGCUGGCUCCUGUAGCUACGCGCGUGCAGCGCAGCACUUCUUUGCCGCCAAUAUGAACACCUUGAGCCGGCCUGAGCUUGCCCAUGCGCUCCGUGCCAUCAUUCUUUGUGGGCCGUCGAAGACAACCCGCUGCCCAAUCAUUGUUGGCCCGAGCAACUCUGGCAAGACCACCCUUGUCCUCCCGUUCGACGACUUGUUUGGGGCUGCGCGGGUUUUUCACAAGCCAGCGUUGAACAGCAACUUCCCCCUUGUGAACUUGUCCAAGGACAAGAGGUUCCUUUUCUUUGACGACUUCCGGCCCAUCGAAUACGCGCAGGGCACCAUCGAUGUGAGCACUUUCCUGUCUCUCUUCAACGGGCACCCCUUUGAAAUUCGCCAAAGCCAGGCGUUCCGGAACGGCAAUGAGGAUUUUGCUUGGAGGAAGGGGUGUUGCCUUACUGCAAAGGAGAAGGAAUUGUGGGCGCCCUGGGGCAAGGUCAGCGAGGAGGUUCAGCACAUGAAGAACAGGAUGCGCAUCUUCGUGUGCGCGGCAGUAUUGUCUCAUCUCCGUCAGACUGACCCAUGUGUGGAGCGCAUGUGCGCAUGGAUUCAAGACGGAGCUGCAGAGGCAGACGCUGAACUGGUGCUGCAGCCAAGUGUGGCCUCUGGGCGUCGCCAGCCUGCUCGCGCAGGGCCGUUGGCUCUGGCGGGCAUGGCAGAGCUUGCUGCGCAGGCCAAGCUGCCCAACGAGAAGGUGGAGGCCUUGAGCGCGGAGCUGACAGCGCUGGGCGCCGUCCACGGAAGGGAAGUGUCGGCAGCAGAUUGGACCACGUUGACGGCUUUUAAUUCGCUCCUGCCGUUUGAGCGGAGGCGGCUGCUUGCAUGUCUCUGA